AUGUCCAACGUAGAACAUCCAGCCAAUGUUUUUGACACACCUGAUUUUUGGAGGUCGCCUAAGCGUCUCAAGUUGGUUGCCUCCCCGGAUGACGAUGAGAUUGGCUCAUUUCAUCUCGAUUUGAAUGAAGAUUAUCACCCACCGUCACUGAGUCUGCUGCUACCAGAUGAUGGGAUCUUCAAGCUGCCUGCUUCUCUUGGCUCCCUGGCUCCGCAACCCAUACUUCCACAGCCAGAGAGUACAUCAGACCCUGAAGAGCAAUCAGAUAUAAGAUCUGAAGAUAUUUGGCUUCCUCUGUCUCAUGAACUCAAGGAUGAACCACAGCUGCGAACUUGGGAGACUUUUUACUCUGGCGACGCCAAACCAGAAUCGUCGCGAAAUCCCGUCUUCAUCUCAGAGGCUGGCCCAGCAGUAUACGAUCAACUACUUUCUACUGGUGCCAUUUCUUCCUCGGCUGGCCUGGGCGAAGAUCAUACGGCUCUAGACCCUUCCCAUUUGCUCAGUUGUCUCGUGUCCCUUGCACUUGGCCGCGGCUCCUUACUCUUCUCAUGGGACCCUCAAAAGAGGGAAUUCCGACAGGACCUGAAAGAUGUCAGACUAUCAGGCUACUCGAUCGAAGCACUUGGAGGUGUGACUUCAGUCUGUAUGGAGUGUGGGAAUAACACGCGCUUCCUCCGCAACUUUAUCGAGAAAUCCUACGCAUCACACGCAUCACCCUGCAGAGUGGCUCUGGCGAACUUCCUGGAUAGACUUCUGUGUGCGGUUCAAUCCAGGUUGGAAGCCAGAGCUCACUCUUUCAGGUCGUUGAUCCAAAUGCAGGCGGGCGUCUACCCCUUGAGGUCCACCACUCAGUAUUUUAGGAGGCUCAUCUCCAAAGUCUCCAGAUCUACCACUGACGAGAAGCUUCUUUCCCUGUUAUUCGAAGCGGCUCAUACAGCCGAGUACGGUGACGAGUUCCUGCGCAUCAUCACCAGAGAUAUACUUCAAGCCGUGUCAAGGCCUUGGCUCGAGUUUGCCGAGGAGUGGGUUGGCCUGAGACCCGAGACCGGCAUUCCCAUUUCCAAGGAUGGGCGUGGGAAGGGAUUUGUUACUGUCGAAACGCAGGUUUAUGGGGAGAACACGGAACAUGAACUAGAAGAUGCCGAUUACUUCUUAAAGGAGGAUAAUGUUCCAUCAUUCUUCCCAGAUGAUGUAGCCAAACUGCUGUUCGAGACGGGCAAGAAUCUUAGGUUCAUUUGGUCGUACCACAAUGACCACCCACUCUCUCGCCCACAGACUGUUGGCGAGAGUCAAGCGCCAGGGCUCGACUGGAUGUUUGGAUGGGAAGAUAUCACCCGCCUGGAAUUAGACGUCCUUGCUUACGAACAGAGGCUGUCGGAUACCGUCAAUCAGAUCAAGUCAUUGAGCCAUGAACAACAACCUUGUACAGACAUUGAUACUUCCUUACGAAGCAUCUCUACAACAGGCCUAGAGCUCGACUGUUUUGGCAAACCCGAAGAAGUUAUUGAGCAGCGGAUCCUGGCAUCGAUUUCUCAACUCGACGGGCCAGCGGUCUUGCCGCCCGUAGUCAGCGGUCACACAUUGUAUGCGUUGGAGUCCUUGUUCUCUGGCAGCUUUGAUGGUGGCCCAAUGUCCGUUGGGCAGCUCGCACCUCACUGGUCCCUGAUUCCAAGACUAUCAUUUGGGCCGGUGAUUCAGGCUCAAGCCAGGAUUAUUAACACAGAAUGCAUGCGGCUACUUUUUGAUGCCCACAAGCUUCGAGAUCAUCUCGACGCUCAGUUUGAGUUUCAUCUUUUUGGCAGUGGCUUGUUCUGCAGCCGGCUAUCCCAUGCCCUUUUCGACCCAGAAUUAGAUACCGCAGAACGAAAGAGAGGCGUUGCAUUAAGCGGUGGGACGAUGGGCUUGCGUUUAAUGGGCCGAGACACUUGGCCGCCGGCUAGCUCAGAACUACGUUUGGCACUCAUGGGAGUCAUCAAGGAAAGUCGCGAUGCGCCUGGUCUGCACGAUCUCGAUCCCCUCCCUGGAGAUAUGAGCUUUUCGAUCCGGGAGCUGUCCAACGAAGAGAUGGAGAAGUGUAUGGAUCCCAACUCACUCGAGGCACUUGAUUUCCUUCGUCUUACGUACAAACCGCCCGCACCGCUCGUGCCCAUAAUUACUCACACCGCUCUCGACCGGUAUGAUCGGAUAUUCAGACUCCUGCUUCGCGUGCUGCGCAUGCUCUUCGUUUCGAACCAGCUGUUCCGUGGCCAGGCAGGGGAGCCAUCCAGCGACCCAGUAGAGCAUCGCUUCCGGUUCGAGGCGCGUCACUUUGUCUCCAGCAUUGCUGCUCACUUCUUCGGGGAAGGGAUCACAGGCCCAUGGCGUCGCUUUGAUGAAUGGCUUGGUCACGUUGAAGUUUGCGUGUGUGCCGGUGGAAGCGAUGCCGACGCCCACAAAAUGCCCGGCGGCGAUGUAGACGUGCUCGGGCCUGAGCAGCUACGGAAGCGUCACGAGGAGCUUCUCGGCGAGAUCAUGUCGGCUCUGCUGCUCCGUAAACACCAAGAGCCCGUUUUGAAGCUACUCAACGACAUAUUUACUCUGAUACUACGAUUCGCCGGGGGUGGCGGGCGGUCCUCCAGUGGACAGGAGGCCGGGAGGCAUUUAGACAAGACAUCAGUUUAUUGGGAAUUUCGACGCAAGGUAGAGGUCUUCUUGACAGUCUGCAAGGGCCUUGCCGAGAAAUCUGGAGAUGCAAAGUCCAAGGCGGGCUCCAUUGCCCAGUUGGUGCUGGCUCUAGAUAUGUCUGGCUUUUACUCGAAGAAUAGUUGA